AGGAAAGCGUUGCAUGCUGGGAAAACACGUGUAGCAGAAGACCAGAGAGGUGACACUCGGCACUUCGCCAACCAUGUCGUCCAAAAAGCAGCAGCAGCAGGGCGGCGACGAGCGCUUCCUCCGGGUGCGGAAGGAUCCCCGGUUCUGGGAGAUGCCCGAGAGGGAACACAAAAUCAAGAUCGACAAGCGUUUCCAGUCCAUGUUCCACGACAAGCGCUUCAAGGAGAAGUACACGGUGGACAAGCGAGGCCGGCCCAUCAACCAAACCUCCGCGGAGGACCUGAAGCGCUUCUACAAGCUCUCUGACUCGGAGGACGAGGAAGACGAGGACGGGAAGGGCAAGAAGUCGGCAGACGGAAAGAAAAAGAAAAAGGGGAAGGAGAAGGUGGUGAAGGAGAAGGUGGUGAAGGAGAAGGUGUUGAAGGAGAAGGUGGUGAAGGAGAAGCUGGUGACGGCUGACGGAGAGGCGAAGAGAGGACACGCUGAAGUACAGCAGCCCGAACGAGGCGUCCGAGUCGUCGAAGAGAAAGCUGAAGAUGAGAAGGAGGAGGAGCAGACUGCAGAGGAAGAUUAUGUUGACCUGGGAGACAGUGUCACGGACGACAGUGACGAGGAUGAAGAAGAUGAUGAUGAUGAUGCAGAAGAUGAGAGUGGCUCAGAGGAGGAGGAGGAGGAGUCCGGUCUGGAUUCGGACAGUGACAGCGAGCCGGAUCUGGCCCGAGGAAAAGGAAACGUAGAGACCAGCUCGGACGAAGACGAAGACGCCGAUGUGGACGCCCUCCUCCAGAAAGAGGAAGAGGGGAUCCAGCACGACUGGGGAGAGCUGGCCAAAGACGCUCGGCGAAGCGAAGAGGUUUCUGCCCGGCUGGCCGUCUGCAACAUGGACUGGGACCGGAUAAAAGCCAAAGACCUGCUGGCUCUCAUCAACUCCUUCGUACCCAAAGAGGGAGCCGUGCUGUCCGUGAAGGUCUACCCGUCGGAGUUUGGGAAGGAGAGGCUGAAGGUGGAGGAGACGAAGGGACCGCUGGAGCUGAGGGCUCUGCCCGACGACUCGGAGGACGACACCGAGGAGGACAAAGGUUACAGGGAGAAGAUGCGUGACUACCAGUUCAAGCGGCUGAAGUACUUCUACGCCGUGGUGGAGUGCGACUCGGCCGACACGGCGGCCAAAGUCUACGAGGAGUGCGACGGCUACGAGUACGAGAGCAGCUGCUCCGUCCUGGACCUCCGGUUCAUUCCCGAUGAAGUCGAGUUCGACGAGGAGGAGCCCAGAGACGUGGCGACGCACGUGAACCUGUCGGCCUACACGCCCAAACUGUUCACCUCCUCCGCCAACGCAACCUCAAUGGUGCAGCUGACGUGGGAUGAGACGGACAACGAUCGCGUCACCACCCUGAACAGGAAGUUCAACAAGGACGAACUGCUGGCGAUGGACUUCAACGCCUACCUGGCCUCCUCCAGCGAGGAGGAGGAGGAGGAGGAGGAGGAGGCGGGGUUUGUGUUUGGAGAGCAGGAGAGUGAGGACGACGCAGAAGCCGAGCGGGCGGAGGACCUCGUCGUGGAGAAGAAUCCUCAGAAGAAGAAGAAGGAGGAGAAGAAGAAGAAAAGCGAGGAGCAGAUCUCCAAGUACAGAGAGCUGCUGAAGGGCAUCCGGGGCAAAGAGAAGAAGCUGCACGAGGACAAUGACAUGGAGAUGGAGAUCACCUGGGUGCCAGGCCUGAAGGAGACGACGGAGCAGCUGGUGAAGAAGAAGCUGGAGGGAGGGGACAAGCUGACGCCGUGGGAGGAGUUCCUGCAGAAGAAGAAAGACAGGAAGAAGCAGAAGAAGUCUCAGAAGAAGGAGGGAGAUGAGGAUGAGGAGGAGCCGAGUGACGAAGAGCUUCCUCCAGACGUCGAUCUCAGCGACCCCUUCUUCGCCGAGGAGCUCGCCAAUACAGAAACGAAGAAGAAACCGAAGUGGAAGAAGAAGAAGAAGCCGAAGGAAGAGGAGCGGACGGCUGAGGAGGAAGAGGAGCUGGAGAAACAAAAGGCCCAGAUGGCUCUGCUGAUGGAGGACGACGGCGGCGAAGCCGACCACAAACACUUCAACUACGACAAGAUCGUGGAGGAGCAGAACCUGAGCAAGAAGAAGAGGAAGAAGCUGCAGAAGAAGGGCGACGCGCCGCCGGAGGGCGACGACUUCCAGGUGGACGUUAAGGACCCGCGUUUCCAGGCCAUGUUCACCUCCCACCUGUUCAACCUGGACCCGUCCAACCCCAGCUACAAGAAGACCAAAGCCACGCAGAGCAUCCAGGCGGAGAAGCAGCGCAGGCGAGGGGAGAAGGAGGAGGUGGAAGAGCGGCGGAGGCGGACGGAGGGCGGUGGCGGCGGUGAACAGGAAGUGGCCGGCGAACAGGAAGUGGCCGGGAGGAAACGGGAAAAUGACUCUAGCGCUCCGACAGACGGGGCGGGCACCUCGAAGAAAUCGAUGGACGCCGGUUUGUCUCUGCUCGUCAAGUCCAUCAAAAGCAAAACGGAGCAGUUUCAGGCUCGGAAGAAACAGAAGUUUGUGUAGGUUUGUUUUGAAGAAAGAGACUCCGCCUCCUCCUGAAAGAGACUCCGCCUCCUCCUGAAAUCUGGGGAGUAAAAACUGAAUUUUGCUGCAUCAGAUCAUGUAUGAAAUGUUUUAAUUUUCACACACAGAAAAAUUGUUCACAGUGCAUUUUUUUUUUUUACAACACGGUUAUUUAAACGUAACCGUGGACGAUGACUGAAGGUUGAGCCUCGAGGAGCUCGACAGGUCAAACGUGUGCUCACUAAAUUAGGCUGAUAAAGUUCACAUUUCUGCUGUUA